AUGCGCGCUCUACCGUUGAUCCUCGUGAUCGCUUUGCCUUUCGUGGCAUCUCCAACUGCCGCUGCAGCUGCUCUCGGCCCGCGCCACUUUGAAACUGCGAAACACAAACACAUCUCCUCACUCGACACCUUCGAUGCUGCGCCUACUGUCUCCGGUUCCCCGGUUGCCUUCUCUGCCGCGCCCACUUUCCUGCCUGUUGGUGACGCGGAUGCUCUUACAGAUGCUCAUGAUACUAUCGAUGCCAACGAGCUCCCUUCCCAGUCGAUCAUUGCCCGUCGAGCCGACGCCGCGGCCGGCACUCCCACGCCUACACUGAAUCCUGAUACCGGCGGCUACAGGCUACCAGACUCCAAGGACGCCGAUGGAUUUACCUGCCAUGGAGCUGAAUACUACAGACCCAUGGUGGAAAUUACCUGCAACCGCUGGGACCUCGUGUCUGAGAGGCCCUUUGACUUCUUCGAACCGGACCGUAUGCACACAUAUAUGAUCUACAUCCCCCCAAUUGGAGUGGCCUACUCUGACCUAGGUGUCUUGCGCUGGGCUGCCCGCUUCAUGGAAGAAAUUGGAAGGAGGAAGCCGAGCGAAGCCCAAGUCAUGAUUCUUGACUCUCAUUACCGACCCUGGAGGGAGGAUAACUGGGGCCAGGGAGUCGAGAUCCGGUACGUUCUACGCGACACUCCGAAACUCAACGUCGAGGAGGCGACCUCUGCUAUCAAGGAUGCCGUGAAGGAAAUUCGGGCGUUCUCCUAUCUCGAGAUGGCCGGUUGCGUUGAUGGACGAGAUAUCGAGGUAGACUGGGCCAUGAAGGAUUAUGGUCUGUUGGCGACGAUGCGUGGACUGAGAUUAAAGCAGCAGAUCGAGCUGAAAGGUGUGUUCGACGCCGUCACUGAUGAGCGAAUGCCAUUUUCAAUUUUCUUCCGCCGGUAUCUCAAGGCUUGA